GAGGCGGGGGCGGCUAGGGGAAGGGGGGGAAGGAAGCAGCCCGGAUCCGGCCGGCGCCGUCGGACGCUUGGGGCCCCCUGUGUGGCUGGGCAAGCCCAUGGAGAGUGGAGGGGCCCGGGAGGCACAGGGGGCCCAGCCCUCUGCCCCCCCGGCCCCCCCUCCCUCACCUGCUGAGCAGGCAGCGCCGGGCCCCAGCGCCCCUCGCAUCCGGCCCCGACUGGUGUUCCACACCCAGCUGGCUCAUGGCAGUCCCACGGGCAAGAUUGAAGGCUUCACCAAUGUCCGGGAGCUGUAUGCCAAGAUUGCCGAAGCCUUCGGCAUCUCCCCCACUGAGAUUCUGUUUUGCACUCUCAACAGCCACAAGGUGGACAUGCAGAAGCUGCUGGGGGGCCAGAUUGGUCUGGAGGACUUUAUCUUUGCCCAUGUACGUGGUGAGACUAAGGAGGUGGAGGUCACGAAGACAGAGGAUGCGUUGGGGCUCACCAUCACAGACAACGGGGCGGGCUAUGCCUUCAUCAAGAGGAUCAAGGAAGGAAGCAUCAUUAACCGGAUUGAGGCGGUGUGCGUGGGCGACAGCAUAGAGGCCAUCAAUGACCAGACCAUUGUGGGCUGCCGACACUAUGAGGUGGCCAAGAUGCUUCGGGAGCUGCCCAAGGCCCAGCCCUUCACCUUGAGGCUAGUGCAGCCCAAAAGGGCCUUUGAUAUGAUUGGUCAGAGGACCCGGAGCAGCAAGUGCCCUGGGGAGGGGAAGGUGACCAGUGGGAGGGAGACUCUUCGCCUCCGGUCCAAGGGUUCUGCCACAGUGGAGGAGGUGCCCAGUGAGUUUGAGGAGGAGGCUGCCCGAAGGGUGGAUGACCUGUUGGAGAGUUACAUGGGCAUCCGGGACCCAGACCUGGCCUCAACUCUGGUGGAGACGUCCAAAGAAACUCAGAGCGCUCAGGAGUUUGCGCGCGGCUUGGACUCCGUCUUGGGCGAGUUUGCCUUCCCCGACGAAUUUGUGGUGGAAGUGUGGGCAGCGAUAGGAGAGGCCAAGGAAGCCUGCGGCUAGGCAGGUCU